UCAGCUCUCCAGUUAACCAAUCACGCAAAAGCAGAGUCAGCAAUGUACGUCCACCAGUCCAUUAACGAUUCAGCAGCAAGGAGGAGCUAUAGUCGAAAGCAUUUCAUCAACUCUGUCGGACGACCGAUUGGAGGCCAACGUGUUGAUCUUCCUUGUCGCUCAUCAACUUAAUAGGGUCGCCAAAUCAAAAUCCAGCAAGGGCCGAUUUACGCGCAAAGGAAAGGAUGAGGAGGACGAUGACCAGGUUACUGGGGCCUCCUCUAUUGCAUCCUCCAUUUCUGCAUCGCCUUCGAGCUCCAGCAGCGGCACACUUGAUCAGCCAAAUCAAGGAGUUCCUGGAGUACUGAACAUGGCGCAUAUUCACAAGCCCUUCAAGAAAUCAGGAUGGCAUGCGUCCAAAAAGACAAAGAACUUGAAGCAGAUCAUUACCCUGGAAAAGGCCAAGGAGUGGAAAACAAGCACUCCAACUUACUGGAAUAUUGAGGCACUGCCAUCGAUGACUCCACAGAAAAAGUACUGCGACAUUACCGGACUGGAGGCUCGCUACACGGACCCAAAGACACGGCUGCGGUAUCAUUCGACGGAGGUGUACCAGUCGAUCAAGAACCAUCCCAUUGGCGUCGUGCAGCAGUACCUCGGUCUGCGCAAUGCGGCCGUUGUGCUCAAGUGAAAUCUAAUCCGUCUCUCUUCAUUGCAAAAAUAAACCGUGUAUAUUAUUCCUUCUA